UCUGCGCUCGGGGGCGGGAGCGGGCUGGGGGAUUCCAAGGACGCGGCAGCCCGCUCCGCCCCCUCCUCUCCUCCCUUCUCGAACCUGAGGAGCCUCGGAGUAUGGACCAAACCCCGCAGCGCUGGCACCAUGACGCUCGCCCGCUUCGUGGUGGCUCUUGUUUUAGGGGCGCUUUCCCAAGUGAUAGGCUUUGAUCCGGUCUUCAAUUACCCGCUCCACCACCGCCACCGCCACCGCCACCGCCAUUCACCCUCCGCGGGUCCCCAGUACCCUCAUUACCUUCCGUCCCAGCAGCGACCACAGAGGACACCGCUGCCACCCCUUCUCCUGCGCCCCCCGCGUCCCCCGCGGGCGCUCCCCGCGCAGCGCCUGCAAGCCUUCCAGGCUGGACACUCGCCCCGCCCGCACCCCGGGGGCUGCCCCUCGGGCGAGCACUGGGUCAACGUGACGGACUUCGGAGCCCCCUGUCUGCGCUGGGCAGAGGUGCCACCCUUCCUGGAGCGCUCGCCCCCGGCGGGCUGGGCUCAGCUGCGCGGGCAGCGCCACAGCUUCUGUCGGAGCCCCGACGGCACGGGCAGACCCUGGUGCUUCUAUGGGAACGCCCAGGGCAAGGUGGACUGGGGCUACUGCGACUGCAGACGCGGCCCGGUGUUCCCAGCCGUCCGCCUUGCUGGAGGGAGCAGUGUUCACGAAGGCCGGGUGGAGCUGUACCACGCUGGCCAGUGGGGGACCAUCUGUGAUGACCAAUGGGAUGACGCAGAUGCGGAAGUGAUCUGCAGGCAGCUGGGACUCAGUGGCAUUGCCAAAGCAUGGAAUCAGGCAUAUUUUGGAGAAGGAUCUGGCCCAGUAAUGUUGGAUGAAGUGCGUUGUACUGGGAAUGAGCUUUCCAUUGAGCAAUGUCCAAAGAGUUCCUGGGGAGAACAUAAUUGUGGCCAUAAGGAAGAUGCUGGAGUGUCCUGUACCCCUGUUACAGACGGGGUCAUCAGACUUGCAGGUGGGAAGGGCAGCCACGAGGGUCGCUUGGAGGUGUAUUACAGGGGACAGUGGGGCACUGUCUGUGAUGAUGGCUGGACGGAGCCGAAUACAUUUGUGGUUUGUCGACAGCUGGGAUUUAAAUAUGGUAAACAAGCCUCUGCAACCCAUUUUCAAGAAAGCACAGGUCCCAUCUGGCUGGAUGAUGUCAGCUGCUCAGGAAAGGAAACCAGCUUCCUUCAGUGUUUCCGGAGACCGUGGGGAAGGCACGACUGCAGCCAUCGGGAAGACGUUGGUGUCGCCUGCUACCCUGGUGGCGAUGGACACAGACUUUCCCUGGGUUUUCCUAUCAGACUGAUGGAUGGAGAAAAUAAGAAAGAAGGACGAGUGGAGGUUUUUAUCAAUGGCCAGUGGGGAACAAUCUGUGACGAUGGAUGGACUGAUAAGGAUGCAGCUGUGAUCUGUCGACAGCUUGGCUAUAAGGGUCCAGCCAGAGCAAGAAGCAUGGCCUAUUUUGGGGAAGGGAAAGGACCUAUCCAUGUGGAUAACGUGAAGUGCACAGGAAAUGAGAGGUCCUUGGCUGACUGUAUCAAGCAGGACAUCGGAAGACACAACUGCCGCCACAGUGAAGAUGCUGGAGUUAUUUGUGAUUAUUUUGGCAAGAAAGCAUCAGGUAACAGUCAUAAAGAGUCCCUCUCAUCUGUCUGUGGUGUGAGAUUACUGCACCGUCGGCAGAAGCGGAUCAUUGGUGGGAAAAAUUCCUUAAGGGGCGGCUGGCCGUGGCAGGUGUCCCUCCGGCUGAAGUCAUCCCACGGAGAUGGCAGGCUCCUUUGUGGGGCUACACUCCUGAGUAGCUGCUGGGUCCUUACAGCAGCACAUUGUUUCAAGCGAUAUGGUAACAGCACAAAGAACUAUGCUGUUCGAGUUGGAGAUUAUCACACCCUGGUGCCAGAGGAGUUUGAAGAAGAAAUUGGAAUUCAACAGAUCGUGGUUCACCAGGAGUACCGACCAGACAGCAGUGACUAUGACAUUGCCCUGGUGAGAUUACAAGGACCAGAAGAGCAAUGUGCCAGAUUUAGCAGCCACGUUUUGCCAGCCUGUUUACCACUCAGGAGAGAGAGGCCACAGAAAACAGCCUCCAAUUGUUACAUAACAGGAUGGGGUGACACAGGAUGGGCAUAUUCAAGGACACUACAACAAGCAGCCAUCCCCUUACUUCCCAAGAGGUUUUGUGAAGAACGUUACAAAGGCCGGUUUACAGGGAGAAUGCUCUGUGCUGGAAACCUCCAGGAACACAGACCUGUGGACAGCUGCCAGGGAGACAGCGGAGGACCACUCAUGUGCGAACGGCCUGGAGCCAGCUGGGUGGUGUAUGGGGUGACCUCUUGGGGAUACGGCUGUGGAGUCAAAGAUUCUCCUGGUGUUUAUACCAAAGUCUCAGCCUUUGUACCUUGGAUAAAAAGUGUCACCAAACUAUAAUUCUUCAUGGAAACCUGAGAGAGAAUAGUAUUUAAAUUGAACUUUUAAGUUCCACUAUGGACAGCCAGUCAGAGAUGACAACUAAUGGGGAUAGAGAUCCUUUGCUUCAUGUUGUGAUAAAAAUUGUGUACCUUUUGCUGCUUUUGAAAGAAUUUGUGAUGUGAACAUUUUUGGUUAGAUACCUCAGUGUAAUAUUACCCUUAAUUAAGAUUGCCUACCAAAUUUCACUGGAGACUAAAAUUCUCAUUUGAACCUUAUUUAUCUAUUUGCCUAUUUCUCAUCCUUCUCCAGAAGGUACUGUACAUUCAUUUUGCAAUAAGACUAUUUUAAAAUUUAUCUGCAUUGAGACCUCCAUGUAAUUCAAUCAAUCAUGGUACUAUAUCAAUUUAUAGUAAGUGCCCAUUAUUUGACACAUAAAAAAACCCACUUUACUACAUUUAAAAGAGUGGAAUUCGUUGUUAAGUGAGGAAAUCAAGUACCAAGAGAUCCCAUUACAAAUUUCCAGAAUAGGAUCACUAAGCCACAAGGGCAUUUACCUGUUAAGAUACAUUCCCAAAUGAAAUGAUGUUUAUUUGGAGGUAAGUAUCCUUGUUAAGUACCAAGUACUACAAAAACAUAGCAAGACCUCACCUAUAAAAAAUAAUUCUGCUUCUAGCUACUGUGCAUGAAGUACUAGCAAAAUUUAAAAGGAUUUCUGGUAUCCUAAGAACUACUAGUUGGAUAUACGACCAAUUUUAUCCAAACAUGUUAAAACGAUCUGAUCACUUUUUCAGCAAUCUCUCUACACUCUAUAACUUAGUGUAGAAUAAAAAAUGUUAAUGCUUCCUUAGCACCAUGCUCCCUAUGGUUAGAGCGCCAUCUAUUGAAAUAUUCCUGUAAUUGGUUUUAUGUAUACCUGCAGGUUUUCCAAAAAUAACCUGAUACAAUCCAAUCGCAAAACACUAGUAACUGAAAAUUCAGUAGUACAUACUUUCCUGGUCUAUAUAUUUUACAGUUUUAAAAUAACCAUGUCAAUCCACUUAACACAUACACCAACAAUAGCAUACGCCAGGCGCUGCAUUAGAUGGCUGUGCCUCACUAUUUGUAAAAGUCCAGUAAGGUUUUACAACAGAGAAAACACUUUAGCUCAAGGUGAGAUAAUGGGAGAAAAUUUGAUUCCAAACUCCAAGGAAAGGAGUCUCAAUGCUGACAAGUUCUUCCUCAUGGUUCUCCUACCCCAUGGUAGGGGACAGCUAAUUCUGUAUAUUUACAGGACAUUCUUGGUAGUAAUUCACAAUCUUUGCUCAAACAUAACAGGCACACUCAAGAUAAUACUUCCACAUAUGAAUCCUUCCUCAAAUGACUAGUAGCUUAACAGGCGAAAAGGUUAACAUGAACUUUAGGAUAGUUAUAAUCCUGCCAUGAAGUAACUUUACUGGUUUCCUUUCUUCAUCAAAUAAUGCCCUUUUUGUAAUCUCCAAUUUGUAAAGACUGGUGCAAACCUGAAGGUGCUUAAUAGGUCUGCUCUGCAAAUUUGUGAUGCUGCCAGGCAGAACAGCAUUAAAAUUUUUCUAAAAAGCCCAUAAUUUUGAUACUUUUUAAGCAGCAUUUAGGUGAUAGAGCUACAUGUGGCAAGCACCUGCAGGAGAGCUUGGGAAAAACGUGCAAUAUAGUUGAGAAAAAUCUUUACGGAAACUCUCUCAGGCUGCCUUUGACAUUGCCAGUGCAAACCACAUCUAUGAUUAAGUAGACUGGCAAACCUAAGAGGCAGUACACCGGCAGUCUGCUCAAUCUUGAAAUAUUACAUAACAUGCUUUUAUCAUAGCCAAUUUUGUCAUGUGACUUUUUAAAGGUAAAACCCUUUAGUGCGCAUUUGUGUAAAUAAAGUGUGUAACUUUUCUCCUUAUACAGUUGCCUUGACAUUUUGUGUGGUUGUCUGCUCCCUCCCUUGGUGUUAACCUCGUAAUUUUUAUGGUGUUUUUCCAAAU